AUUAGGUACCAAAAUUAGGUAUGUGUACAGUUGUUGUAUAUGGGCCUGAUAUUUUAAGUGGGCUUCGAUCGCUUCUAACAAUGUCCCAAUUAUUCCUUUCUCAGUUCUCAACUUUCCCUUCCAUCUGCAAAAGGAUAGAAUUCCAGUUUCGAGGGCACUGAAAUUUCGCUCCAGUGCUGAUGUUUGAAGAGUAUCUGUGCAAAUUGUAGGCUAAAGACAUAGUUAUAACCAGUAUAUAUCUCCCCAAAUAUCAGCUGUCUCAAAUAAGACAUUUGUAGAAUGAGCUCUAUCUCAUUAUCCUUGUCUUUCCUCUCACCUUUUCGUAUAUCAAGACCUUGUCUCAGUUUACAGCCGGCUCGUAGUUGCUAUGCUUUCAAUAGUCAUGGUAACAUUACCCUUUCAAUCCAUGCCCAAUCCAGUAAUUUGCAAUCCUGCUCUGGUGCUAUUGCUUCAUCAAAAGAUGGAACAGUAUCCAUGAUUAAUUUUGAAGAUGUCAUGGAAAAAGACUGGUCAUUUCUCGAGUAUCCGGAUUCCAGUGAAGAGCAUAAGCAAAAAAUCGAUGAGAUCAUAUCAGCAGGAGAGAUCACGGAGCCUUCCAAGGUUCUGAUUGCAAUUGGUUCUGAUGAAUUUGUUGAUAGAGUAGUUGAGUCAUCGAAUUGCAGGCAAUUACUUGUCGUUCAUGACUCCCUUUUCAUGUUAGCAUGCAUCAAGGAAAAAUAUGACAAGGUAAAGUGUUGGCAAGGAGAAGUGAUAUACGUACCAGAGAUGUGGACACCUUUUGAUGUUGUUUUUCUCUACUUCCUUCCUGCAUUGCCCUUUGAACUCACUCAAAUUCUGGAAGCACUCAAAAAACGUUGUUUGCCAGGUGCAAGAGUUGUGAUUAGUCAUCCACAAGGAAGGCAAGUGGUUGAAGAACAACGGAAACAAUAUCCUGAUGUGGUUGUCUCAAACUUGCCAGAAAAGAUGAUGCUGCAAAAUGUUGCUGCCGACCAUUCAUUUGAAGUAGUCAAAUUUGUGGAUCAACCUCGUUUCUAUCUUGCUAUUCUGAAAUUCCAGGAAGAGAGCUGAACAAAUAAGUUCUUCGCUUAUACUUCAGACUAGAUAGGAAUACUGUUCUAAAGAGUUAAAACAUAAAAUAGAAUUUUGUAUUUGUUUAAUCGUCAUUUCAUAACCUUAAUGCUGCAAGUAAUCUUAUACUAAA